AUGCUUCAUGAGAAUCUCAAUUUAGAUGCGACCUCAAACGCAAACGCAAACGCUAACCAGCUUCAACAAGAAUCUGAUUCCUCUCACCACCAACAAGCUUUGUGGCGAGACUCGCAGAUCAAUAACAGCGAUUUCAAACCGCAGAACAAUCGUGGGUUUUUCUUAGAUCAUCAGUUUAGCCCUCACGGUAGCUCAAGUACUGACAGUAGCACAGUCACAUGUCAAGGUUUCGCUCUUGACAAUUCGUCGAACACCUUGUACGCAACAACAACUCCUAAUUCAUCUUCCUCUAUGUACCAUCAUCAUCAACAAAAUCAAGCACCUGGGUUUAGUUUACCUGGCUCCUCCGAUCAACCACCGUCGAGAAACCAGCAAUCGAAUCUCGGAUACUCUCAGUUCGAUCAGAUGGCGACUUUACCAUCGUCGUGGUUUCUAAGAUCUUCGCCGCCGAAACCACACAGUCCUUUGAGAUUCUCUAACAACGCAACGUUUUGGAACCCAGCGGCUACGGCAGGAAACGUGGGUCCUACUAAUCAAGACCCGUCGUCGAACUUUUUUCCGGCGUUACAGCCGCCACAGAUUCACCCGCCGAGUUUUGACGAGCAACCAAAGAGUAUAUCGGAGAUUCGAGAUUCGAGUAGCAGCGAAGUAAAGAGAGGCGGAGGAGAUCAACCGGCGGCGAAAAGGGCUAAGAGCGAAUCAGCGUCUCCGUCACCAGCUUUCAAGCUUCAGUGCUCUCUGAAGCUAUUGAAUACAUUAAGUUCUUACACCAACAAGUUUCAGUAA